AUGGACCGCAGCCAAAAAAUAGAAAAGCACCCAAGCCAACGAGAAAUUCAUGAAGUACCAAAGAAACCACUUGGGAAACGAGCAGCCAAAAAAACUGGCCAUGGAAGUAGUCAGAAGGUGAAAGUCGACAUACCUCAUGAUAAAAAGAUUUAUGGAGCUCAGACAGCCGUCAAAGCUACUACAGCAGUGAUAAAUAAAGAGCGGCCAAACUUGACGGAAGAAGAGUGGACUAACCUUAAGUUGUUGGUAAGUGUUUUGGCACCAUUUGAAGAAAUUACUUCUAGUUUCAGUGGUCAGAACUAUGUGACUGGGGGGUUAGCAAUAGUUUCAUGUAAUAGCCUUCGCGAUAUUUGCCAAGAGAUGCUACAAAACAGACACUACAUAGACGCUGAGAUAGUACAAAAUGUUUUAAUAAAAUUGAAAAGUGGCCUUGACUCACGGUUCCAAAAUAUCGAACCGAGCAAGACUCUGGCUUUGUGCACGUUGUUGGACCCUCGUUUUAACACCGUACCAACAAAACAUCCAUAA